AUGAUUCCCCUGCGACGCCGGCUGCAAGUGACGCGAAGGCCGUUGACGCAGACGAAGAUGCGCUGGAGUUCUUCAGCGAAUAGCCGCCGCCUCUUCGCGAUUCUCGCACACGUGGCCCUACAUGUUGACGCGCGUGGCCGCAGGCGUUGUCCGCUAAGCGGGGAGGGAGUUGUACGUGCGGUGUUCGCGUCCUUCUUUUCCUUCCUGUUUCGCUUUCCACUCGUCGAAGGGUGCCCGGCGCUCCAACUGCGGCAGCGGCGGGCGGCGCUGAAGGCGAUAUGCGGCCCCGUCGGCACGCUGUAG